CUCAAGCCAAAUUAAAAUAAAAGAAAAAUUAGUAUACUCUCUCUUCUCUAUAUAUAUACAAAUCAAAAUUAAGCUUUUGGAGUAGUUUAUUUACUUUUUAUUUCCAAGUUGGGUGGUAAAGUUCUGAAUCAAUCAGGUAAGCUUUUAGUUUUUUAUUCAUGAGUUUCACACAUGUAAUCUAUAUAAAAUUAUUAUAUGCUUCUAAUUUAUAAAUAUAUAUAUUUAUAUAUUUAUAUAUAGCUGAGCUAUUAAGGCAUGUUUUUAUUAUAAUUGUUUCAAUUAUAUAGAUCCAAAAUGGAGACUCAACACUUCUGUCGCAAAAAUCACAUUAUGCUCCUAAAAGAUAAUAACAAGAUCAAUAAUGAUGAAAUGGAGUGUGGAAUGUGUGCUAUGUCUUUUAGUAAAACUGAUUUUUAUUAUUAUAUUUGUGAUUUGUGUGAAUAUUACAUCCACAAAUCAUGUGAAGAGUUACCAAAGCAAAUCAAUCACCAUUUUCAUCCUCACCACCCCCUCUUUGUUCAAACAUGUCUUAAAAGAAGUUGUCAUUCAUGUGGACAGUGGCCCGAAAAGUAUAUCAUGGAUGUUGAGUGCACCCAAAUGUCAUCAAAUUCCAUAAUAACAACAUAUUCUAAUGAAGGCCAACAUUGUAUUCAACAUUCUAGUCAUCCUCACUUACUACUACUUGUUAACCCAUCAUAUGUAGAUGAUAUGAAUGUUAGUUGCUUUGCAUGUCAUAAAUCAUCGUAUGAUGUUAUUGGAGUUUAUUAUUAUGGGUGCAUUAGGUGUAAGUAUUUCCUUCAUAAACAAUGCAUUGACCAAUUACCUCAACAAAUCCAAUUCUUCCACCAUCCUAAUAAUCACACUCAUCUCUCCCUUCAUAUGAAAUGGGAGUAUGGUAAAUGCAAUAUUUGUGGAUACUCAAAUAACCCAGCCUUAUAUUUUGAAUGUCCUCAAUGCUAUAAUAAUUUUAUCUUGUGUUUAGAAUGUGGUUUUAAAAGACAAAGAACCAUUAAUUAUGAAUAUCAUCCACACAUUCUUUGCCUUUUAGACAAAAUACAUACUACACAUGACCGAUGCAAUGUCUAUGACAAUUGUUUGAAGCAAUCACUCAAAUCUAAUUCCAAGGAAUUCAGUAAAACUAAUUCCUCCAUAUUUGGAUGUUUGGAUUGUGAUUUCAAACUCCAUUUAUUAUGUGGUCCAUUGCCUUCAAUCAUAAAACACGAGAGUCAUGAUAUGCAUUGUUUAAAUCUUGUUGAUUCAUGCAUUGAGGAUACUUUUGGCGACUACUAUUGUGACAUUUGUGAAGAAGAGAGAUCCACGACUUCGAGUUUAUUACUGUGGCCACUGUAAAUAUGUCCCUCAUGUACAUUGUGU